CUGUGGCUCCACGGCAACCAGUUGACGGGUGAGAUACCGAAGGAGUUGGGGAACCUCGCCAACCUGCAAUCGCUGGACCUCAGUGACAACCGGUUGACGGGUGUGAUACCGAAGGAGUUGGGAAACCUCUCCAACCUGCAGAAACUGUUCCUCGGCGGCAACCUUUUGACCGGAUGCGUCCCCGACGGACUGCGCGACGUGCCGAAUAACGAUUUUGUGAAACUCGGCCUGCCGUUCUGCAGCGAGCAUCCCUGCGUGAGCGGGGGCGCCGUGGUGGAUGCGACCACACUGGGGCUGGUAUCUGAUUGCGGGAUGCUGCUGGCGGCGCGGGACACGCUUGCGGGGACCGCGGCGCUCAACUGGUCGGCGGACACUCCUAUCGCGGAUUGGACCGGUGUUGCCCUCGGUGAAGCGUCGGGACGUGUGACCGAAAUCCUCCUUGGUGGCAUGGGUCUGAAUGGGAAUAUACCGAAACAGUUGGGGAGCCUCACCAACCUGCAAUCGCUGGACCUCAGUGACAACCGGUUGACGGGGUCGAUAGCGGCGGAAUUGCUGGACCUCUCCAACCUGCAGGAACUGUACCUCGGCGGCAACCUUUUGACCGGAUGCGUCCCCGACGGACUGCGCGACGUGCCGAAUAAUGACAUUGCGAGACUCGGUCUGCCGUUCUGCAGCGAGCAUCCCUGCUUGACGGGCGAGAUUCCGCCUGAGCUGGGCGGCCUGUCCAACCUGACGGGGCUGUGGCUCUGCGUCAACCAGUUGACGGGCGAGAUUCCGCCUGAGCUGGGCGGCCUGUCCAACCUGACGGGCUGGUCUCUGACACAACCAGUUGACGGGCGAGAUUCCGCCUGA